UCUCCUUCCAUACACACACAUACACACGUAAAAAUGGCGGAUCCAAAGCAAGGUGCAACGGUGGCGAAAGGGCACGAAGAAGCGAUGAAGAUGGCGGUAUCCCUCCUGAAGGAGUUCGGGCUGCCGGAAGGGAUGCUGCCGCUGGAGGAAAUGGUGGAGGCCGGCUACGUGAAGGAAACGGGAUACUUCUGGAUCGUGCAGAAGAAGGGGACGAAGCACCUUUUCAAGAUGAUCAGCAAGCAGGUGAGCUACGACGCCGAGAUCAGCGGGUACAUCGAGAAGAACAAGGCGAAGAAGAUGAAAGGUGUGAAAGCCAAGGAGCUGAUGCUGUGGCCUCCGGUCAACGAGAUCGUCGUCGACGAUCCCCCUACCGGGAAAGUUCACUUCAAGAGCCUUGGUGGCAUCACCAAGACUUUCCCUGUCCAGGCUUUUGCCGCCGGCCAGUAGUAAGCUAAGCUAGUCUUUCUCUCGGUGGCAUCGCCGAUAUAUAUAUAUAUAUUAAUUAAGGUUCGAUACUACUAUGUUUACGGCGGGUGAGAGAUCUCGAUUUAAAUUUAAUGCUGUCUUUUCACUUUUUUGGACAACGAGAUCGUCACACUAUGUUGGUUGGUGGCAAGACGAGAACACCCAUCCUCACCAUAUGGGGUUGGGUUUGACUGAGAUGGUAAUUGUUGUUAUGAGCAACCGUUAUCAAAAUACUCUUAAUCAUUUAUGUUAGCAUGGUGUUAACACUUAAAAUGAUAGCAUUUUAUCCAGUCUUAUCUAAUUAAAGAGUGUGGAAGAU